AACUUUUUUUUACUGUUCAUUAGCUCUGGAAAAAUCUACUUUUACAAUAUCAGCGUGCAUUAUGGGAUGCCACUCUUUACAAGCACAUCUGUGUAUUGUAAGCUUUAUUGGAAGUAACGCAGCAUUAUUACUUCCACUGUGUAAGAAUCAUCCACUUCCACUGUGCUCCCCUGACACUACAUCAAGUGACCACAUCACAGCCAUAAUAGCCUUUUUAUAGCCUUUUAACAUAUUUCAUUGCUCUUUUUUUUACACAUUGACAAUAUCGUCGUUAUUAUUUAAUGCAUUGAUUAUGGGAUGUUGUUUGCUGGCAACGUUUAUCCAGAAAAACAUGUACUGUACCUCCAUAUCCAUUCCUUAGUUGUUUUUCAGACACAGAUAAUGCUUUGUAUGGGGAAGCAAUGUUAUGGCUUAUUGUACGUUAACAUGGGCUAACCCACACAGAUUUCUUGUGUGUUAAAGUAGAUUUUUACCACAUUCAUUGUGUCGUAAACUAACGCAUAUUUACGUUUUCACAUUGUCGCUGCCCGACAAAAACAUUCCUCAUUUGGUUUUAUGGCGAGAUUUCACAGAUUUCAAAUGCUAAAUUGAGAGAUAUAUUCUCUUUGUCAAUAGAUUUAUUGCUGGGUUUAUCGUAAGGUAAUGCAUUACCUUACGAGUUAAAGUUAAGCAUAGUUAUUGUAAAGUUAUUGUAACAUGGACUUAUCGUUUGUUGACAGAGUUGUUGGUAAAUGAGCAUACUGUAGAUGUUAAUGUCAUAAUUUAUCAUUAUUUAUGUAGGGUCUGAUGAAAUCCGUUUUAUUUUUUUAAUUUAUUGAUGCAGUACAUCAUUGGGCAAUUUUUGCCCACUAACCUUUCUAACUUCAUUGUUACAAAAUCUCCAACCAACAAUUAUAUCCGUGCUUGUGGGUAAAGAUGGCGUAGCUGCAGAUGCAUUAUGUUAUCUUUAUUAAUGUAAGCAAUUUUUAACUAAAAAAAUUUUUUUUCAACAUUUUUAUUUUUUAUCAUUAAUUUGGUUCAUUAAUCAUUUGAUGUUUUAAUCUUAUUUUAUUACCAGGAUAUGCACCGCUUUUAUUUUGAAGGCCAGCAGCAUGAUGUGUGUUGUGUCUUGACUGUUGCCCAGUGGAUAAGUGAGUUAGCUCUAUGAGUGCCUCUGGAGACGUGGCUGUUGCACCAACGCUGAAGUCAGCUGAUGUGUCCGGUUUCUGCCUGGACAUGUUUACCUCAGGAGGGGGCUCAUUAGCGUUUGUCAGGACAUUCCACUCUGAACGAGCGUUCCGGUGGGGACAUACUUCCUUCUCGCCGUUACAGCAUUUCAUUCACACUGUCAAUUUCCCCAAAUUCCAAAGUAGAUUCAGUUAUUAGCCAAUUUCAUGAUUCCAUCUGCGAUUCUGUUAACACAGAAUUGAUAGGGAAAUAGAUCCAUCAGAAAUUACCUUAAAUUCAUUGUUCAUCUAUUGCUUCUCCAGCCUGGAAGAGUCCAUUGUGUGUAUUAAAAAGUCUAGUUUGUCUUGCACUGCGUUUAAAGUGAUGGCAGGACUCAUCAGCAGGUUUUUAACAGCGCAGAAGGAUCGCAUUCUGCUGUGUUUUUGUUUUUUUUUGUUGGCGUUGGACGAUUGACUGAUGUCCACCCAACAGCUAGUGUGGAAACUCCAAAAAAAAGCCUCAAAGUGGAUGCAAGCCUCGCAUAUUUCCAGGCUUCAUGCCCGUCUACACACACACACACACACACACUGGCAGUGUACUGUAUUUCAUGAUGUCGCUUAAAGUGCCAGAUCUCCUAUGGUUAACUUCAUAAUUGGCCUCGUACUUGAUUUUUCUUGAUUGGGCCUUGUGUUUGUUGUUAAAAUAAUAUGUUUGGCGUACACACGCGCACACACACACACACACCGAAAUGUUUACCGUGCACUUAGUCACGCUCCCAGAUCUCCGAUUUUAUCUCGCCAUGCCAAACCCGACUUCUGAUCUUUAAAAGUUUCCAUUUGAAAGACCAGCACCAAAGCACUGAACAGUUACGCACAGUUGUUUUGAAUGAGAUGGGAGAAUGUAGCUAGCGUUUAUUUAUUGUACAUUUAUGUAUCAUUCAUGAAGGUAUUUUAAGUUAACAUGGUUUAUUCUAUGUUAGCAUGACUUUAUUGUACGUGAACACUGUUUUAUCACAAAACAAAACAUUGCUCUAAUUAUAGUUUGCUCUAAUUAUAACAUUGCUCCCCAAGGUGUUCCCCAAGGUUCGGUGCUUGGUCCUCUCCUCUUCAUCCUCUACAUCCUCCCACUUGGCAAAAUCAUUCGUCGUCACGGCCUCAAUUUCCACAGCUACGCUGAUGAUAUUCAGCUUUACAUCUCCACCACCUCCAUCAACUCCAACAUCUACUCCACCCUCACCAAUUGCUGACAUCAACUGACAUCAAAACCUGGAUGGAACACAAUUUCCUCAAACUUAACAGUGACAAAACAGAUAUUAUCAUAAUUAAAAAAAUAAAUAAAUAAAAAUUAAUAAAAAAAAAGAUAUUAAUUAUAUUAGUAAGGCAGGAAGUGAACAAAUGUAACAGUUACUGAUUGUAAAAGUACCAGAUGGAGGGGUAGGAUUUAAUAAGCUUUGCUUCUUCCUACUCCUUUUGGACAUGUGGAACUGGGAACUGAUUAUGGGAUGCACUCAAUUGUAAUCUGGUGCAUGUUCAAAUGAAAUAAAACCAUUACCAUCAUCAUUGGUCCCAAAAACAUCAAAAUAUCAACCCAUAACUUCUGUCUCAAACUUGACAGCACCACCCUCAUUCCAUCACCGCUCAUCCGCAACCUCGGCAUCCUCCUGGACCCCACCCUUUCUUUUGAACCCCACGUCAAACAAUUAACCCGGACAGCAUUUUUUCCAUCUUAAGAACAUAGCCCGACUCCGUCCAUCACUUUCACUCUCUGCCGCUGAAUCCAUGCAUUUAUCACAUCCAGAAUCAACUACUGCAACAGUAUUCUUUACGGUACAACAUCCAAAACCCUCAACAAACUACAAUACAUUCAGAACUGAGCUCCACCCGCUCCCCGGUCCUUAAAAACCUCCACUGGCUUCCCGUCCCCCAACGCAAUCAUUUCAAAGUCCUUCUCAUCACCUACAAAUCCCUCCACAAUCUGACCCCUCCAUACCUCACAGACCUCCUUCAUCCACACAAUCCCCCGCGUCCCCUUCGCUCCUCAUACUCCAACAUUCCCCUGUAUUCCCCUGUAAGACCAAGCUCCGAACCUGGGGAUACAGAACCAUUCACCCCAUUCAUUCCGGGCUUGUCCUUCCCACCUUUAGCCUUGUUUUAGCUCUGAAUGAAUGUUUAGAUAUUGUAUUUUAAUGCAUCGUUUACUCUGUUUUUACUCAACUUUUUUUUCUUUACUUUAAAGCGUUUUUGAGUACUCUGAAAAGCGCUAUACAAAUAAAAGGUAUUAUUAUUAUUAUUAUUAUUAUUAUUAUUGAAAGGUAACACAGGCUUGUCAUAGGUUUACGUGGCUGUAUGGUACGUUAUCAUAUGUUACCACAUUUAUCACAAUCACUUUCUAUGGCCAUGUGGAACACUGAUGUGGAUUUAGCAUAAGUUAACGUUGAUAGCGCAAGUUGACAAAUGUAGUACUUCCAUUGUCAUUUAGCAUGGAUUUGUUGUAAGCUAAAAUAAAUUAUCUUGGGUUUUGACAUGGAUAUGUUGCGUGUCAACAUAGAUUUAUCAUAGGUUACCAAGUUAACAUGAAACUAAUGGAUGUUAACACGUCUUUAUUGUACAUUAACACAGCUUUAGCGCACGUCAACAUACAGUAAGUUUACGUGGAUGAAUCAAUGUCAUGAGUUGACAUGGCUUCAUCAGAAGUUUACAUGGAUGUAUCGUACCUUGGCAUGGCUUUGGCGUAAAUUAACGGUGAUUUAAUGUGGGUAGACUCCAUUGAAAUUGUAAGUUAACAAUCAUUUAACAAUAAUUGGUUGUAAGCUAAUAUGAUAUUGUUGUUGGUUUAUCAUACAUCAACAAAAGUGUAUCGCAGGUUACCAGAUUUAGCGGCCAUUAAGCAAGUUCACAAAUGUAUGGAUUUGUUGUAAGCAAACAUAAGAUUAUCUUUAGCUUGAUAUGGCUUUAUUGUAUAUGUCAUGACAGAUUUUGACAGAUUUUCUGGGAGAAAACACGACGUCUGCUGGUUGCAGGCACGUACUGCACUCCUGUUUCUUGCUUAAAGACACGAUUAAUCAACAAUCAAUUCCACACAAUUGAUUCAACGUGAAAAUAAUAAUUAAAGCCAUUUAUUUAUGUCAACUCUCAUGCUAAAGUGCCUACUGGGCUACCUUUUGUUGUUAUUGUGUGUUUGUUUGUAACAAUAAAGCACAUUAAGUGCUUUCUGCAAGCUGCACCUACUUAGGAUUUAUGGAGAUUUAUGUUUCCUGGACGGACUCGCUGCACUUUCAUUCCCGAAAUAGGAGCCAUAAGAGGCCUCACACCCUCCUUCCAGGUGGUCCAGGCUGUUCCCAGCACGGCUAUGAUGGGACCCCAGGAGGCAGACCUGCAUGAGCAUCACGGAGGAGGCGCGCUGGAGGAUGGGGAUGAGGACGAGGAGGGUGGGGACAGGGUGCAUGUGUCCAUGGACGGAGAGGAAGGGAGGGAGGAGGAAGAGGAAAAUGGCAAGGACGAGGAGGAGGAGCUGCCGUAUCCGUCUCUUGCUCCUGUGGUUCUUUUAGCGCUCACCCAAACCAGCCCACCCAGAUCCUGGUGCCUACGAGUCGUCUGCCACCCAUGGUUUGAGCGCGUGAGCAUCCUGGCCAUCCUCCUCAACUGUGUGACUCUGGGAAUGUUCCAACCCUGUGACGACACACACUUCUUGCUGCAGGCGCUGGAUGAUGGCAUCUUUGUGUUCUUCGCCGGGGAAAUGCUGGUCAAGAUGGUGGCUCUGGGGGUCAUAGGUCAGAAAGGUUACCUAGGAGACACGUGGAACCGACUGGACUUUUUCAUUGUUAUCGUGGGGAUGUUGGAGUACUCUUUGGACGGACACAACAUUAGCCUGUCUGCCAUUCGCACUGUUCGAGUUCUCCGCCCGCUGAGGGCCAUCAACAGAGUUCCCAGCAUGCGCAUCCUGGUGACCCUCCUCCUGGACACCCUCCCCAUGUUGGGGAACGUGCUGGCGCUCUGCUUCUUCGUCUUCUUCAUCUUUGGCAUCGUUGGUGUGCAGCUGUGGGCGGGGCUGUUGAGGAACCGCUGCUUCAUGGGGGAGGACGUCAAGACGAGAUACAACGUCUCCUUCCUGAGUGUUUACUACCGCCCGGGCGGCACAGACGACCACCCUUUCAUCUGCUCUACCGAGAGAGACAACGGCAUGCUCCGCUGCUCCGACGUGCCCCGCCGGCGGGUUGGCGGGACUUCCUGCUUCCUGGGUGCCGAGGAGGGGCGGCAGGAGAGGGCGCCGGGGGCAGAAAACGGGGUGUCGUGUGUAAACUGGUACCAGUACUACAACGAGUGUCGUGCUGGGGAGACCAACCCUCACAAAGGAGCCAUUAACUUUGAUAACAUUGGAUAUGCAUGGAUUGCCAUUUUUCAGGUAAUUACUCUGGAAGGCUGGGUAGACAUCAUGUAUUACGUAAUGGAUGCUCACUCUUUCUACAACUUUAUCUACUUCAUCUUCCUCAUUAUAGUGGGAUCCUUCUUCAUGAUCAACCUGUGCCUGGUUGUCAUAGCAACCCAGUUUUCCGAGACCAAACAACGGGAGCACGCCUUAAUGAAAUCAGAGCAGCGCGCCCGCCAGCUCCACCAAUCGGCUUCCACGCUGGCCAGUGACAGCCAACCGGGCAGCUGCUACGAGGAAAUGAUCCGCUACAUGGCCCAUUUGGGCCGCAAGGCAUGGCGACGCCUGUCCCGCUUCCUGGCCCGCGCCACCAUAUGCCUGCGCUGCACGGGUAUGCUCCGACAGGACCGGGGCAUCAGCCCCAGAGGGGGCGCAGUUGGGGAGAUGAACGGGCUGGCCCAUCGGCAUUCGGGUCACAUCCCUGGCGACAUGUCAAACCUUCAUCAGCUUUACCGCCAGCGCCUCCCGCUACCACCGGAGCGUGGGCUCAGUAGCGGAGGGAAUGGAUUUAAUUACCCAGUCAUCUCGCCCCUCCUCAGUCACCUGGAUGCAAAAAGUCAGGAUCAUAAGAGGCCGGUUGCCAUGGAUGCCAUCAACAGGCUGCCACAGCUGGUGCUGGAACACGGUGGAUGUGUCGCCCAUCCGGCGCUACCGUUGCCAGGCGAGGUGCCCAUGGAGUCCUCGGCAGCGUGUCCAUACUGCAUCUACUACAACCAACGGUGUGACCCCGAAAUUGUCAAUGAGGGGCCCGAUGAUCGUCAGCACGGUCACAGCAGCCCACUGGCCUGCAAGAGCUCGGAGUCUUGCGGCAGUAGCAGCCCCCACCUCGGCGAGAGGCUCGUGGCUCCCACCGGGGGUAGAAGGCGGCUGUGUGAGCGUUGCUGGGUCGAACUCAGGACCAAACUCGAGCUGAUUGUGGGCAGCCGAUACUUCAACCGGGGGAUCAUGAUUGCUAUUCUUAUCAACACGCUGUCCAUGGGCAUUGAGUAUCAUGAACAGCCGCAGGAGCUGACUGAUAUUUUGGAGAUCAGCAACAUGGUUUUCACCAGCCUCUUCAGUCUGGAGAUGCUCCUUAAAGUCCUCGCCCUUGGGCUCUUUGGGUACAUCAAAAACCCUUACAACGGAUUUGACAGCAUCAUUGUCAUCAUCAGUGUGUGGGAAAUUGUGGGCGAGGCAGAGGGCGGCCUGUCCGUGCUGCGGACCUUCCGUCUGCUGAGGGUUUUGAAGCUGGUUCGCUUCCUGCCGGCCUUGAGGAGACAGCUGGUGGUGCUGAUGAAGACCAUGGACAACGUGGCCACGUUCUGCAUGCUGCUCAUGCUCUUUAUUUUUAUUUUCAGUAUCUUGGGGAUGCAUCUGUUUGGAUGUAAAUUUGGUCUCCGGCAAGACAGCGGCGACACCUUCCCGGACAGAAAGAACUUUGACUCCCUGCUUUGGGCUACAGUCACCGUCUUCCAGAUCCUCACCCAGGAGGACUGGAACGCCGUCCUGUACAACGGCAUGGCGUCCACCACGCCAUUGGCUGCACUCUACUUCGUGGCCCUCAUGACCUUUGGAAACUACGUCCUCUUCAACCUGCUAGUGGCCAUUUUGGUCGAGGGCUUUCAGGCGGAAGGUGACGCCAACAGAUCAGAAACAGACGACGAAAGGCAGUCGCUGUCUUACGAGGAUGAGGAGAAGCUGAGGGAGAUGUACACCGCAGAGCUGAAGAUCCAGGCCAUGAUCCGUAGCCCCAAUGGUCUCCUCAACCCGAAAGCCUCCAUGCCUCCUCCCCUGUCCCUCCCCGUCAUCACGCACACUGCAGCCACGCCCACCAUGAUGUCCAGUCAAUUGCAACGUGCCGGUGCUGCCUCCAUGGAUGUAAACAGCCUGGAGCAACAGAGGUCGCCGCCCCCACUGGACAGCAGGCCAGAGAGCCGCCGCUCCAGCUGGGCCAGCAUCAGCCGAGCCCCCAGUCUGCACAGGAAGAGCCAGUCGGGAGAGAUGGAGUCCCUGCUGUCCGACACCCACACAGGCUCCAGGGAACAGUCUAUGGACCAACAGGACUACCUGCAGGUCCCAAUGCUGCACACACCUGACUGCAACGGUACCACCUACCACCUGCCUGACCAUGACAACUAUGAUGCUCCCCACACGUCACACCACAGUCACCAGGAGGAGGAGGAACUUGAAGAGAGUUUGUAUCAAAAGCUGUACAAGAUGCUAGAGCCCUACGAGCCUCAGUGGUGCCUGGAACACGAAGAGUGGUCCCUUUAUGUGUUCGCUCCACACAACCGCUUCAGGCUGUGGUGUCAGAAGACCAUCAGCCACAAGAUGUUUGACCACAUCAUCCUCCUCUUCAUCUUCCUCAACUGCAUCACCAUCGCCCUGGAGAGGCCUGACAUCCAGCCGCACAGCAUGGAGCGAGUGUUCCUCAGCGUAUCCAAUUACAUCUUCACUGUGAUCUUUGUGGGAGAAAUGAUGAUCAAGGUGGUAGCAAUGGGCUUCUACUUUGGAAAGGGCGUGUACCUGCAGAGUAGCUGGAACAUCCUGGAUGGGCUGCUGGUGUUUGUGUCGCUAGUGGACAUCCUGGUCUCGGUGGCGUCGUCGGGUGGAAAUCGCAUCCUGGGCAUCCUGCGUGUGCUGCGUCUACUACGCACCCUGCGACCGCUCAGGGUGAUAAGUCGGGCCCCAGGUCUGAAGCUGGUGGUGGAGACUUUAAUUACGUCCCUCAGGCCCAUUGGGAACAUUGUCCUCAUCUGCUGCGCUUUUUUUAUUGUCUUUGGAAUUCUGGGAGUCCAGCUAUUCAAAGGGAAGUUUUUCUACUGCGAAGGCUUCAACGUGACAAACAUCACCAACAAAACUCAGUGUUGGGAUGCAGGAUACCGCUGGCUUCGACGGAAGUACAACUUUGACAACCUGGGACAGGCGCUGAUGUCUCUCUUUGUGCUGUCGUGUAAAGACGGCUGGGUCAGCAUCAUGUAUGACGGCCUGGAUGCAGUGGGCGUGGACCAACAGCCAAUCAGGAACAACAACCCCUGGAUGCUGCUCUUCUUCAUCUCUUUCCUCCUCAUCGUCAGCUUCUUUGUGCUGAACAUGUUCGUGGGCGUGGUGGUGGAGAACUUCCACAAGUGUCGCCAGCAGCAGGAGGAGGAGGAGGCCCGGCUGAGGGAGGAGAAGCGGCAGAGGCGGCUGGAGAAGAGGAGGAGGAAGGCCCUGGAGAAACCGUACUAUGCCGACUACUCGCCGCUGCGUCGAUCUAUCCACAACGUGUGCACCAGCCAUUACCUGGACCUCUUCAUCACCAUUAUCAUCUUCACCAACCUCCUCACCAUGAGCAUGGAGCACUACAACCAGCCUCAGUACCUGGUGGAUAUCCUCAAGUACUGCAAUUAUGUCUUCACUGUGGUUUUUGUCAUCGAGGCCAUCCUGAAGCUGAUCGCCUUCGGCCUUCGCCGCUUUUUCAAAGAGAGGUGGAACCAGUUGGACCUUGCCAUCGUGCUGCUGUCCAUCAUGGGGAUCACGCUGGAGGAAAUCGACCUAAACGCCUCGCUGCCCAUCAACCCCACCAUCAUCCGCAUCAUGAGAGUGCUGAGGAUUACGCGAGUGCUGAAGCUGCUGAAGAUGGCCACAGGGAUGAGAGCACUGCUGGACACCGUCAUGCAAGCGUUGCCUCAGGUGGGGAAUCUGGGUCUGCUCUUCAUGUUGCUGUUCUUCAUCUAUGCAGCUCUGGGAGUUGAGCUCUUUGGAAAACUGGAGUGUUCUGAGGAGAACCCAUGUGAGGGCCUCAGCCGGCACGCCACCUUCGACAACUUUGGCAUGGCGUUCCUCACGCUCUUCCGUGUGUCGACAGGGGAUAACUGGAACGGGAUCAUGAAGGACACGCUGCGGGAGUGCCGCCCCAAGGACCGCCACUGCCUCACCUACCUGCCGCUGAUCUCACCCGUCUAUUUUGUCACCUUCGUUCUGACGGCUCAGUUCGUCCUGGUCAACGUGGUGGUGGCCGUCCUCAUGAAGCACCUGGAGGAGAGCAACAAGGAGGCGCAGCUGGAGGAGAUGGAGGAGAGAAGGGAGCGUGAGGAGGCCAACAGGAGGAACAGCACGGUGUCGGCGAGCGGAGAUGCCGCAAACAACGGGGAUGCACCUGCCCAUGUGCAGGUUGAGGGUGAGGACCAUUGCCGUGGAAACUUGCUGAGCUUUGGACGCAUGCUGUCUCUUCCCAGCGAAAGCUACGGUCAGCCCCCCAGAUGUCCUCCGUAUCCUCCGGUUGGCAUGGAAGGAUACACAGCGUACAGCUACUCAGGCUCCAUGUCCUCACUGGGUUCCAGCGGGGGCGGCUCCCUCCUCCAGGUACCAGGAGCUCUGCCUGCCAUCAGCCACGCCUCCUUGGGAUCGGGACGCAGCACCCGGCCGAUGAUCCGCCUCAGCAGCUCCCAGAGCAUGGACAGGUACGCCCCCUACCGAGCCGGUCCAUCAGACAGUGGGGACGCAUGCAGGCUGAGCCCGGCUCACGGCGCGAACAGACAAAGACUCAAUUCGGCUCACAGCAUCGACGGAUGCAAGUUCAACCCUGCCCGAGCCAUGGACAGACACAGGCUGAGCUCGCCCCACAGCAUGGACGGGUACAAUGCAGAUGUGGAGCUCGGCGCUGAGAGAUCCAAGCUGGUGUCCAGCUACAGCAUAGACAGACAUCCGUCCCUCAGGCUGAGUCCUCUACACAGAGCCAGCAGGGGGCCCUCUCACUGGCUCAGCCCAGAGGAGAGUCUGGACCGGAACAAGCUGAGUCCCUCCUAUGUCCCAGAGAGUUCUGUCCUCAAGAGGCCAGCAUCAUUCCGCACUGCUAGCAGACAGCUGCGGAGACAGGAAGCCGUGCGCUGUGAUUCUUUGGACCAGAGCGGCUCAGCUGACAACAUGACGGAUGGCCACCUACCCAUGCCCGCCCCCUCCCACACCCCGCCGCGUCAGCGGUCGUCCAGCGUACACACGUUGAAAUUCACUCAACCCCAGAGGGUCAUCUCCUGCAAGAGCCACAGUCAGGGUCAUGGUGACACCCGAACGGGACCAGACUCAGAAGCGAAUGUUGUGGAGAAGCGGCCCAUUAGCCCACAGGGCAUCAGUGGGGACUCCCCCUCGCCGGCUGGGCUCUGCCCUGCCCCCAGGUCAGACGCGGGUCCCCAGUUGGACGACAUGGACGAGGAGGUCCGCAGCAUUAACACGUCCGCUCACACGCAACUUUCCCCCUCCUCACACAAAAGCAGACACCUCAGCCAAUCCGUGUCCCCUGUGUCGGGCAGGAACAGGAAGGAGAGAAUGAGCCCGCCACCGGGUGAGGAGCCUCUAACCAUGGUGACCCAGCUCAUGGACAGCAGCGUCGAACUCAGGAGGCGAACGUUGUCGUUUGACGCCACGACUCUUCCUCCCAAUCAGACUGAGUCGGGCUCUGUGGACGACUGAAGACAUUCUGAGUCAAGAACACUUGAAGGGCCUGAAUUGUUCCGGUUUCAGGCCACACCCACCUACCUUGUCCUGUCCUAUCACAGGCCGUGUGUAUGACUUGAAUAUGUUGAAACCACUUCAAGACCAAGACCAUUCUUGGAUGAGGGUAAACUCUUUUCUCCCAGUGCAGGUUUUUGCACACCGGAUGCACAAAUAAACCUUCCCAGAGUUUAGAGACAAAGUUACUUCAAAGUUAUGACAAAGUCACUAGUACUUCUUGCUAGAUUUGCUCGCCACGGCCUUCGUUGUUUUCCCGCUGCACCAUUCUGAGAGUUGUCGUUCUUAGUUUUCAUGCAAUUGUAAAAAGAAGUUAACCACUGCAGGGUUUGUGUUCAGGUUUGGGGUUGGCUUACAGUUGGGUUUUUAAGUUGUUUGGAUUAUGGUCAGGGUUUGUGGUUAGUGCGUUGGAGUUUGGCGGCGGGUUGGGUGAGGUUAAGGUCUGUGGUCGGGGUGAGGUUUUGGGUUGGGGUGAGUGUCAGGGAUUGACAGUUUGUGGUUGGUGUGAGGGUUUGAGGUUUGAUUAGGGUUUGCAGGUGUGUUAGGGUUUGGCGGUGGGGUUUGGGUUUGUGGUUGGGGUGAGUGUUUGGUCUGGUGUGGCAGAUGGUUGGAUUCCGUCAGGGUUUGUAGGUGUUAGCGUUUGGCAGUGGAGUUGGUCGAGGUUAGGGUUUGUGGUUGGGGUGAGGGUUUGAGGUUAUGGUUUGUAUCGGACUAGGUUAGUGAUUGUCGAUUAUUUUUCCGUCAUGUACCCCCGAUUUUGAAAUACUAUUGAGAAUCUGAUCAUAUAUUAUCUAUAUUAUCUGUACUGUACAAACUGCCCCACUAUUUGAGAAGCACUUGGUUAGUUUGGAUUCUGUAGGUCCGUUGGGGUUUGGCAGUGGGGUUUUGUUCGGUUACCUCACACUGAAUCUGUUGCGGCGCCAUUGCGGCCCCCCGAAGCAUUCCGCAAGAUUGAAAUCCCCGUUGCAUGUUCACACGAGCCAUCUCCGUCAAGAAUCUUUUUGGGGGGGACGCUGCAGACGCCGGAGCACUCUCUGGUCAAGUCAACGGGAUAUUGAUCAACAUUGUACACUCCAAGAACAAAAAGCAAUAUGAAGUGAUUAAACACUACUUAAUAAAAAUAAUGAAAAAAGAUACAGUAUUGUAAUAACUCAUUGGAGAAGUCAACACAGAUAUCAUCAACACCUCGGUUGUGCAGACAAAUAUGGUGAUUGUUUACAAGAACUUGUAUAGAAAGCUAGUUAUCGUGUGGACAUCUGCUCUCGCGAGUGCGGUUUCCGCAACCGGAGUGGACGCUCGCCGAUCAGGACCAGAUUGUGAGCCCAGUCUUACGGUUCGUGGUUGUGGUGAGGGCUAACUUUGGCUGGGGUUUAGUUAAGCCGGUUUUCAAGGGUUGGGUUAGCGUCUGGGCAUUAGGGUCAGGGCGAGGGUCAGGAUUUGGUUAGGAUUUGGGUUUGCUGGUGGAAAGAGUUCUGAAACUGAAUUAUUUUGAGGCACCCAUUUUAAAUACAAUGAAAAUAAAUUUAAAUAGAAUAAAACAUGUUAUGACCAUUCAAAUUAGAAACAGCUCUCAGUAAGAUAGAAUGCUUUUCUAAUUGAAUGCAAACUACAUCCACAGUAAUAAUAUUAUCAGUAUUAUUUAUUUUUAUCAAGCUACCGCUUCGGUCCAGUUGAUUUUUUAAGCUUGCUGCACUACUGUGACCUCUCCUUUAGUGCCCUCUCUACCUCUUUCUUUCCUCUUCUCCAAGCCUCCUUCCUCUUGUCUUUGUAUUCUCAGGGUAGACGUAGAUGACAAAAACAGCAAGUGUUGCACUGCCCCCUGCUGUUGGGAAAUGGAAUUGAUGCUCUCUUUUGAUCUGUUUUUUGUGUGUUUCAAGCCUUCCAAGAGGACAUGAUUGGGUGAGAAAGAGGGUGCAGAAGGGCUUACUCAGGUUGUGAAAUGUAGAGUGAUUGAUUUUUCGAACCAGCGCCAUUGAUGUGAGGAAGUGAUGAUGCUGAUGUUUGUGGUAACCACAGGAGGCUUUACAGCAAAAGCUGACAUUGUUGGUGAUGAAAUGUACAACCACACAGCAGGGUUUGCUCUCAAGCACUGACAAGACUUUUGGACAGUCCUGGAAUAAAACUACUUCCUGUCUGACUUUUA